AUGGACGCUACGCUACGACAAGAUAGACAAGAAACUAUCUCCGAUGGAUGCCUGAGAAAACCAUGCGCAGUUCCGUUUCGUAAUCCAUUGAUCACUCCAUGGUACAAGCGUCAUCUCAUCACCGGCGUGCACGAGCUGACAAGAUCGGUUGCUGAAAACCUACCUCACGCAAACAAAGUACUAUGUGUGUCCAAGAUGCACUCGACUGCUCCGAGAGCAAAUGGUUGA